AUGAAGGACGCGACGAGCGACCCGGGAGCGGUAGCCGCCCCAGGCGCCAUGGACGGCGCGAGCAAGAAGAAGAAGAGAGAAGAGUCCUACACAAUUGCACCGAGUUCUUCUCCUCCCAUCGACACUAGUAAAUGGCCGCUUCUCCUCAAACACUAUGACCGUCUCAACGUCCGCACGGGGCACUACACUCCGCUGCCUCACGGCUGCUCGCCGCUCUGCCGCCCGCUGCAGCAGUACAUGAACUACGGCGCCAUCAACCUGGACAAGCCCGCGAACCCGUCCAGCCACGAGGUGGUCGCCUGGAUGAAGAAGAUCCUCAGAGUCGAAAAGACCGGGCACAGCGGCACGCUCGACCCCAAGGUCACUGGCUGCCUCCUCGUCUGCAUCAACAGAGCCACGCGUCUGGUCAAGUCGCAGCAGUCUGCAGGAAAGGAGUACGUGUGCAUCGUCCGGUUCCACGCCAAGCCCGAGAGCCGAGCGAAGGUCGCGCGGGCCUUGGACACGCUCACUGGUGCUUUAUUUCAGAGGCCGCCUGUCGUCGCCGCCGUCAAGCGUCAGCUGCGUAUCAGGACGAUUUACGAGUCUCGGCUGCUGGACUACGAUGAACAGCGCCACAUGGCGGUCUUCUGGGUCAAGUGCGAGGCCGGCACCUACAUCCGAACGCUGUGCGUCCAUUUGGGGCUGGUCCUGGGCUGCGGCGCGCACAUGCAGGAGCUCCGCCGCGUGCGGAGUGGAAACUUGGGAGAAAGUGACCACAUGGUGACGAUGCACGACGUCCUCGACGCGAUGCACGUCUACGACAGCACCCGCGACGAGACCUACCUCCGCCGCACGAUCUUCCCUCUCGAGCUGCUGCUCACCGGCUUCCCCCGCGUCGUCGUCAAGGACAGCUGCGUCAACGCCAUCUGCUAUGGCGCCAAGCUGAUGAUCCCCGGUGUCCUCCGCUUCGAAAGCGGCAUCGAAGUCAAUCAGGAAGUCGUCCUCAUGACCACCAAGGGAGAAGCCAUUGCCCUCGGUGUUGCGCAGAUGACGUCCAGCGUCAUUGCGUCGGUUGACCACGGCGUGGUAGCGACGAUCAAGCGCGUGCUUAUGGACCGCGACACCUACGACAUGCGCUGGGGCUACGGCCCGCGCGCGAGCGAGAAGAAGAAGAUGAUUCUUGCUGGCCUGCUCGACAAGAAGGGCAAGCCGAACGAAAAGACGCCUGCCACCUGGCUUAAGAGCGAAGGGUACCUGCCUAAGCUCUGCGGGUCGGAGGAGGAGAAGACAAACGGCGACGCGCGGGACGCCGUGAAGAUAGAGAACGGCGUGCGCGUCAAGGAGGAACCGGAGGAGGAUGACGACGAGAAGCGUCGCAAGAAGAAGGAAAAGAAGCUCAAGAAGAAGGCCCGCGAGGCUGAAGAAGCAGAGGAGAGCGAGAAGAAGCGCAAGCUCGCGAGCGGCUCGGAUGAGGAAGAAGCCGAGGCAGCUCCGCAGGAGAAGAAGAAAAAGAAGAAAAGAAAGGAGGCGGAAGACAUCGACUAA